CUAGCAACUGAUGCCGUAGCCAUAGACACGGAGUUAACUAGAAAUCAACAACUUAAGAGGUGAAUAUUUUUACACGUCUGCAUUUGAUACUGUGUGCUUAAAGCAUGGAGCAGCAUAAUGUGUUUUUGUAAUGUCGUGUUUGUCACGUGUGUAUUGGUGUUUGCUUAAUGUGUCCUACCUUUUACUGUGCUGGUGAAUAUCGAAAGACCGACCACUGUGCGUUUUAAUAGCAAAAUGGCGACGUUGUGUUAAUUUGCCCCUUUAAAUGUUUAGUGGACAUGUUACGGACACUUUGGACAUUUAUUGAACUCAGAUUUGUCGUGCUGUUAGAAAGAUAAUUUUCAAUAGUUCCCGCUCAAGUGUCUUCAUUUUUCGUAAAUAAAGGGAGACUCUGUUGCCAUGACGACGGCACAGCCGGCAUUCAGCAUGGCGGCAUCGGACAUCCAGCAGGCCCAGCAGCAGGGCCGGGGCCCGGGGAGGGAGCCCGCAGGGGUGGGGGUGGUGGUGGUGGGGGCACAGCCUCCCCAGCAGCAGCAGGCGCGGGGGAUCAGUCCCAGCACGCCCGCCGCCCAGGUGCAGGCGAUAGUGUCGGCCGGCAACAACACCAUCACCAUCACCCCUGUCGGCCACCCGGUGCUGCAGAACGGCAUCAAGGUGUGCCUGGAGAGCGCGGAGGAGUCGAGCGGGGAGGCGUCGGGUGGGGGCGGGGCGGGAGCCCAGGUGACGGCCCAGGUGGUGGUGAGCAGCGGCGAGGCGGGGGCAGGCCAGGACGCGGCGGGCGGCCAGCAGGCUCCCGAGCCCACGACCAUCGUGUCCCCGCACUACAUCACGGUCACAGUGUCGGAAGCCGACGCGGUGGGUUCCGACGCGGUGUCGCAAGGCGUCCACCCCACGUAUGUGCAGUAUGUAGAGGGCUCAGCAGACACUGCGAUAUACGCCGCGACAAAUGGACAGAUGGCCUACCCAGUGUACACGGUGGGGGAGACAGGCACAAUGUACACUCCAGCCACGGGGCAGUACUACACGGGGAACAGUACUGCAGUCACCUACAGUCAGGUGGCGAGCAGCCUGACGCAGGGCGCAGCCACCAGCCAGCUGCUGGCGCAGGGCAGCAGCACCUACCUCAUCCAGCAGGGGGUGGACGCGGAGAUCGCGCACUCGGUGAUCUCGGCCCAGCGCGGGAGCCCCCCCACCGUGGCUGCAGAUGGUGGUGGGGUGGCGUACUUGGUUCCCGGGAAUACUAACCCCUCUCCCAUGGAAGGUGACGGUCACCCCAGCCUUUCUCACGCCACCAGGGUGUCACCGGCCACUGUCCAAUGGCUGCUGGAGAAUUACGAGACUGCUGAAGGCGUCAGCCUCCCGCGUUCUCUGCUGUACAACCACUACCUACGCCACUGCAGUGAGCAUAAGCUCGAUCCGGUCAACGCUGCUUCUUUUGGGAAACUAAUACGCUCUGUGUUCCUUGGCCUUCGAACAAGAAGACUCGGAACAAGGGGCAAUUCCAAGUACCACUACUACGGUAUCAGGGUGAAGCCAGGAUCAAGUCUAACACAGUUUGUAGAGGAGUGUGCUUCAUCCGGGAGGCAGCAGAACUCCCAGAAGCGUUUCAAGUUCCUUUCAAACUCUAGUCAAAAGUCGGAGAGCCAAUACGAACAAGGAUCGAACAACUCUACGUCCAGCCACCCCAACUCUGUGUCUCCUCAGCAUCUGCAGCACCACCAGUACCUGGGAGAUGGCUCGGGGGCGAUACCGGACUUCCCGGAGAUAGACUUCAGUCCGGGGUUGAGUCUGCCGGAGGACUGCACCCUGGAGGAUGUGGAUACGUUGCGUAGUAUAUAUAGGGAGCACUGUGAGGCCUUCUUGGAUGCCAUAGUAAAUUUAGAAUUUCAAACAGUGGAAAGUUUGUGGAGAGAGUUUUGGCGUAGUCAGGAUAACAAUGGUGAUGAGUGCGAAGAGGAAAAGUAUCUCUCCAAAACAAAACUGUACCUGCUUUGCAAGUGUCCUCCGGUACAGUUGUUUGUAAGGCAGGUGGACUACCUCUUCUACCAGAACUUGGUUGACGUUCUGAUACCUGAUGUCCUCAGGCCAAUCCCUAGUUCUUUAACCCAAGCUAUUAGAAACUUUGCAAAAGGCUUGGAGUCAUGGCUGACGCAGGCCAUGAGCGGGUGCCCUGAGGAGAUGCUCCACAUCAAAGUGUCCGCUGUGAGUGCCUUCGCCCAGACGCUGCGACGAUAUACGUCCCUGAACCACCUGGCCCAGGCGGCACGCGCUGUGCUGCAGAACUCAUCACAGAUCAACCAGAUGCUGGUUGAUCUGAACCGAGUUGACUUCCACAAUGUGCAGGAACAGGCCUCGUGGGUGUGUCAGUGUGAUGAUGACGUGAUCCAGCGCCUGGAGGCAGACUUCAAGGUCACACUCCAACAGCAGAACUCCCUGGAGCAGUGGGCUGCGUGGCUGAAAGGAGUGGUCACUCAAAUUCUUGAGCCCUAUGUCGGCAAGCCUAAUUUUGCUAAAGCUGCUAGGCAGUUCUUGUUGAAGUGGUCAUUUUACAGUUCGAUGGUGAUUCGUGACUUGACACUGCGCAGUGCUGCCAGUUUCGGGUCAUUCCAUCUUAUUCGCCUGCUGUACGAUGAGUACAUGUUCUUUCUCAUUGAGCAUCAGGUGGCCCUGGAGACAGGAGAAACACCGAUAGCUGUGAUGGGAGAGAAAAAUGCCACGUCUUUGAGGAAGAGCCAGAAAUAUUGGUCGACGUACUCCGAACGCGCAAUUGGUCCAUGAUCGUCGAAUAAAUAGAACAGAUGAAGAACACUCGGCGGAUAAUGCAAAUCUGAGAGAUCAAGUUACAUCUACACGUGCGAAUGAAAAUUCAGUACAACGCACUCGACGUCUUCGUGCUAAUGCAGUAAGACAACGAGAGGCAUGUCAACAAGCGACGGAUGCACAUAGAGAAUGUAACCAACGCCGGAUGCAAAAUGAUCGAGCAUUGACAAGAGCAUCACUCAAUCGCCUUGCGUUUGAAUAUGAUCCUGAAAUCAACUAUUCGUCACAUGCAUUAAUCUCGAUUGGUAGUAUGGACAAAAAGUGUCAACAUUGUCAUGCUUUCAAGUACAAAGGUGAAUCAGCUGGUUUAUGUUGCGCAUCUGGAAAAAUUUCACUGCCAUCGCUAAAUCCACCGCCGGAACCUUUAAAAACACUUUUAGCUGGCACCACAUCUCAAUCGAAAUUGUUUUUGCGAAAAAUUCGUAAAUUCAAGUCAUGCUUCCAAAUAACAUCAUUUGGAGCAACAAAAAUUGUUCAUAAUGAAGAUGGUCGUAAUUUCGAAUCUACAUUCAAAAUUCAAGGUCAAGUGUACCACCAAAUUGGUUCAUUGCUCCCAAUGCCUGAUGCCAAUCCAAAAUUUUUACAAAUUUAUUUUAUGGGCAAUGAGGAGCAACAAUCACACACACGCUGCGCUUACAACUAUAUAGAGCAGAUGGAGGAACGAGAAAUUGUGGACAUUUUGGAAACGUUUUUGCAAAACCAUAACCAGUUGUUGCAAUUGUUCAAGACUUUUUCUAGCAGACUGCAAAACGACAACUACGCCAUUAUUAUUAAAGCAGACAAAGUGCCCUACGGAGAGCACGCAGGCACAUAUAAUGUUCCAACUAUUAAUGAAGUUGCAGUUGUUAUGGCUGGUGACCCAUGUGAACGUCGGGACAUUUGCAUUCAACGCAGAGAUAAUACGAUGCAAAUAAUUCAAGACAAUUAUCGUUCUUACGAUGCAUUGCAGUAUCCGUUGAUAUUUUGGGAAGGAGAAGAUGGAUACCAUUUAAGUAUUAAACAAAGGAAUCCAACUACAGGUACAACUUAUAGACUAUCUUACAGAUUUUUUUUUUCAAAUAAUUUCUGUAUCUCUCAUAUAUAUAUUUAUUUGCAGGUGAAGAACUGAUCAAGAAAGUUAGUGCUAUGAACUUCUACGCAUAUUGAUUGAUGACAGCUAUUUCAUCAGUAUAUUGUCGAUAUGUACGUAAAAAUCGAACGUGAGAGAUUACGAUAUAUAAAAUUUAAUAAAACAAAACUUCGUGCUGAGGAGUACAUUCAUUUGCGUGACGCCGUUAUUGGUAACGUAGAUGCAUCUAAUGACAUCAACAACAUCGGUAGCGCAUAUAUUCUCCCAUCAUCAUACAUUGGUAGUCCGCGUCAUAUGCAAGAGUAUAUUCAAGACGCCAUGACUUACGUACGUGCAUAUGGCCGACCAGAUCUUUUUAUCACAUUUACGUGUAAUCCAAACUGGGAUGAAAUUCAAAGUUUUUUGUUGCCAGGUCAAACAUCGAUGCAUCGCCAUGAUAUCACUGCACGUGUUUUUAAACAAAAAUUAAAAUCUUUGAUGAAUUUCAUUACACAUCACUCGGUAUUUGGUGAAACACAUUGUUGGCUUUACUCUGUUGAAUGGCAAAAACGAGGUUUACCUCAUGCGCAUAUUUUGAUUUGGUUGGUGGAUAAAGUACGCCCAGAAGAAAUCGACAAAAUUAUUUCAGCCGAAAUUCCAGAUCCGAAUGUUGAUCAAGAAUUGUUUGACAUUGUAACUACUAAUAUGAUCCAUGGUCCAUGUGGUACUCUAAACAUGAUGUCACCAUGUAUGGACAAUGGAAAAUGUACGAAACGUUUUCCAAAACCAUGCCAAUCUGAUACUAUCACCAAUAUUGACGGUUAUCCAUCUUACCGGCGUAGAGACGUAGACAAUGGCGGUCAAUCAUAUGAAUUGCGUCUGUCAAACGGUGUGACAGUAGAUAUUGAUAAUCGCUGGGUAGUUCCAUAUUCACCAUUGCUGUGCAAAACCUAUAAAGCGCACAUAAAUGUUGCACUAUGCAGUUCAGUGAAAUCUAUAAAAUACAUUUGUAAGUAUGUUCACAAGGGCAGUGAUAAAGCUGUAUUCGCUGUUCAAAAUGUAAAUGACAAUGACGAAAUUACACGUUAUCAAAUGGGUCGAUACAUAAGCAGUAACGAAGCUAUUUGGCACAUUUUUACGUUUCCUAUACAUGAAAGGGAUCCUGCUGUUAUACAUUUGGCUGUGCAUCUUGAAAACGGACAGCGUGUUUACUUUACAGAACAGACUGCACUACAACAAGCUUUAACGGCUUCAAAAACAACUCUUACUGAAUUUUUCAACCUUUUUUUGCCGACAAGAUGUUGUUGGUCAAUUCGCAAGGACAUUAAUGUAUACUGAUGUUCCUAAAAAUUUUACGUGGAAUAAAUAUCAAAAAAUUGGGAACCACGGAAACGAGGCAUUCCAGUCCCAGGAUUCACCGACAUAUUUAUGACAAAUACUUUAGGUCGAAUAUAUACAGUUCAUCCUAAGCAACGCGAAUGUUUUUUUUUUUUUUGCGUUUGUUAUUGGUUAACGUUCCUGGACCAACAUCUUUCCGAUAUUUGCGAAAAGUCAAUGGUACUUAAUACGACACUUUCUUUGAUGCGUGUCGUGAGUUACAUUUAUUGGAGGAUGAUAACCAUUGGGAUCUCACACUUGCAGAUGCAGCACUGAGCUCAUCUCCACAACAAAUUCGUCAAUUAUUUUCAAUAAUAUUGACAAUGUGUUUUCCGUCUGAAGCAUCUGCUUUGUGGGACAAAUAUAAAGACUCAAUGAGUGAGGAUAUUUUACAUCGGAUUAGAAUUACUAAUCAAAAUCAAAAUAUUGAAUUCUCCGCAGAAAUAUAUAAUGAGUCAUUAAUAAUUAUUGAGCAUAUUUGUAUUCUUAUUUUGAAUAUGCCGCUCAUCCAUUUCGGCAUGCCAGCGCCGAACCGCCCAGCAGUAGAUACCAUCAACAGCGAUGUUCAACGGGAACACCACUUGGAUAGAACUUCUUUGGCUACUUUUGUUGCCAAUAAUGAACAAUUGCUCACUGCUGAGCAACGAAAUGUAUAUGAUCAAAUUAAUGUAUCAUUUGCAGUGCAACAAGGUGGAUUCUUUUUUUUGGAUGCACCAGGUGGUACUGGUAAAACAUUCCUCAUUUCAUUGAUACUUGCACAAAAUAAUAUUGCAUUGGCUAUUGCUUCAUCAGGAAUCGCAGCAAUGUUACUUGAUGGUGGACAGAUGGCGCAUUCAGCGCUUAAAUUACCUUUGAAUGUUCACACAAAUCCCGAAGCAAUGUGUAACAUAAAGAAGCAUUCAGGCAUGGCUCAAGUUUUGAGAAAAUGCAAAAUUAUUAUCUGGGAUGAAUGUACCAUGGUCCACAAGCAUUCGCUUGAAGCUCUCGACAGGUCCCUGAAAGAUAUCAAGGAUAAUACUAGGCUUUUCGGUGGUGCUCUAUUGUUUCUGUCUGGUGAUUUCAGACAAGCAUUACCAGUCAUUCCACGCGCGACAUAUGCAGACGAAAUAAACGCAUGUUUAAAAGAAUCUUAUCUAUGGCGAAGUGUCAGAAAAUUAUGCCUUACUAUUAAUAUGCGCGUUCAACUUCAAAAUGAUCCAUUAGCAUCAAGAUUCUUUGAACAAUUGUUGGAUAUUGGCAAUGGUAAAAUUGAAUUGUAUGAAGAUACACAAUAUAUUCGACUUCCAGAGAAUUUUUGCAACAUGGUGGCUACCAAAGAUGAGUUAAUAAACAGUAUCUUUCCAGAUUUGAGAAAUAAUUGAUAAUUGAUAAUGGAUGGCUACGAGAGCGAGCAAUUUUAGCUGCGAAAAAUUUAGAUGUUGAUGCCAUCAAUUUCAAAAUACAGCAAUUACUGCCUGGUAAUGAAACUACAUUUAAAUCGAUCGACACUGUUGUUGAUUCUGAUGAAGUUGUUAACUAUCCUGUAGAAUUUUUAAAUUCAUUAGAUUUACCUGGAAUGCCACCACAUAAUUUGCGACUGAAGGUUGGUUCACCUAUAAUUUUGCUUCAAAAUUUGAAUGCUCCGAAAUUAUGUAAUGGGACGCGAUAAGUUAUAAAAAAAAUCAUGGGCAACAUUCUUGAAGCUACUAUUUUGAGUGGAAAAUUUCAAGGUGAGGUUGUACUUCUACCACGGAUCCCAAUGAUUCCUUCAGAUUCGCUUAUACCAUUCAAACGUUUACAAUUUCCAAUCCGCUUGGCAUAUGCUAUGACUAUAAAUAAGUCACAAGGCCAAACCAUGACAAUUUGUAGCUUAGAUUUAGAAAAUCCGUGUUUUACUCACGGUCAAUUAUAUGUUGCGUGUUCCCGAGUUGGAAAACCAUCGAAUUUGUUUGUUUAUACACCUCAAGGAUUAACUAAAAAUAUUGUACAUCCAAUAGCAUUAAGAUAAAUUAAGUUUUUGUAAAUUAAUAAAUAAAUGUUAUAAAAUAGUUUCAUUAUAAGAUUGUUUACCUUUACUUAAAACAAGUUAAAGUUUGUAUUUACGAUGCUGUUAUUGCCACACUCCAUGGAUAAUAUCCCAACCUGUAAUCAGUCAUUUCAUUCACUUAAAAUUUUCGGUGACGCCUAGAAAUAUCCGUGUCAAUAAUCAUAGACAGUGGCUGCUAUUAUCCAGUCUACAUAUUUCAUCCGUGGAGUGUGGUAAUAGAUGCAUCUUUUUAGUUAACUUAGCUUCUACAUUUCACUUCACUCAUACAGUAUAUGCAUACUUACACACACAGUAUAUAUUCACAUGCUACCGAUCGGUCGAAUUUGUAUAAGUGUACAUGUAAUGAAGUUAGAUAUUAAAAUAACUCUUGAAUAAUAAUUUUCAUCAAAACAGUCCAGAUUGUUACAGCUUAUUGAAGAAUGUUUGAAAUGUUCGAAUUAACGACGUGUGUACAGGACAACGUCUGUCGGGUCUGCUAGUAUAUAUAUAUAUAUAUAUAUUUAAUUUUUUGAGUCUAGUGUUAUUUAUUAAAAACUUCACCCAAAAUUCCAGUCUGUUGAUAAAGCCUCAUUUACUUAUUAUUUGAUUAAUUAUUACUUGCUAUUUACCUCCAGAUUUAACGGCAGAGUUUGUCUGCAUAUAUUUUGAAUUUUUAGAAGAUAAACUCUCCUCAUUUCAAGAUGACAUUUUGAUACUCUGUGAUUUCAAUGUACCGGGUAUAGAUUGGAAUAAUCUUAAUCUUAACCCUUUCCAUCAGGCGACUAUGAACAUUAACACUAAGGUGCGCCAUUUACUUAACUUUAUAUCUGUACAUAGUCUAAAACAGUGCAACAAUAUUCAAACUCAUAUAAAUCUUUUAGACUUGUGUUUAACCAAUCUACAGCUGUGUUCAGUGACAAAGGCUUAUGAUGUUCUUAUCAAAGAAGAUAUUUAUCAUCCUGCAUUAAACAUCAACAUCAAGAUUGAGUCCUUCAAAAACAGUUCCAACAUCACAUCAACGUUUAGAAACUAUAAAAAAGGUGAUUUUCUCUGUCUUUCCAAUUCCAUCAAAAAUCAUGACUGGUCAGAUUUUUAUAAUUCUAUGGAUGUAAAUGAACUUGUUGACCAACUAACCAAUUGCGUAGUUGAAAAUAUGAAUAUCUUUAUUCCAAUGACAAACAAAAAAUCAUCUAAAUUUCCAAUUUGGUUUACCAGUGAGUUAAUUCAAGCAUUAAAGUCAAAGAAGCAUUUCCAUAAGCUUUAUAAAAGAAACAACAACACGUAUUACUAUUCACUUUUCUCUUAUUAUCGUAAAUUAGUGAAAUAUUUAAUAAAAAGAGACAAAAUUCAAUGGACUCGAAAUACCAAUAAUUAUAUUAAAACUAACCCUAAAAAAUUUUGGCGAUAUGUCAAACUAAUGAAAGAUGGUUUUUAUGAACAGCAUUCUCUAAAAAUUAAUGGAACUAUCACAAAUGAUCCCGCUGAACUAGCCAAUGGAUACGCUAAAUAUUUUUCCAGUGUCUACGAACCUUCUACAUGUAUCCAACAACCUGUGACAAACAAUAUACAUUUAGUAUCUAUUCCUGUGCCCACAAUCUCAGAAUGUUUAGUAUUAUGGGGCAUAAAAUCGUUGAAAUCAUCCAAAUCUACUGGUCCUGAUGACAUACCUAAUUUCAUUAUAAAAGGCUGCUCUGAAUUAUUAGUCCCUCUUUUGCUGCAUAUUUUUAAUUUUAGUUUACAAUCCUCUGUUUUCCCGGAGAAAUGGAAAACUGCUAAGGUGAUACCUAUCCACAAAAAAGGCUCUAAACAGAAUGUUAACAAUUAUAGGCCUAUUUCUCUACUCAAUGGUUUUUCUAAAAUAUUUGAAAAAAAUAAUUUUUAGAUUUUUAAAUUUCCAGCUUAAGAACAGUUUAUCGAACAGUCAGCAUGGUUUUAGGAAAGGUUUAUCGACCACCACUAACUUGCUUACUUUUUUAAAUCCUAUACACAGAGAGGUUACCAACAGAGGGCAAGUGGAUGCCUGUUAUUUUGAUUUAGCCAAGGCCUUUGACACUGUGAACCAUUCUAUACUUCUUAAAAAAUUAUUUAACUUUGGUUUAACUCAAAAUUUUACAAACUGGUUUUCUAAUUACUUAACUAAUAGAAGUUUUUAUGUUACAAUUAAUAACCACAAUUCUUCCCUGUUUAGUAUCUCUUCUGGUGUCCCUCAAGGAGGCACAUUAUCGCCUCUUCUUUUUAAUUUAUAUAUAAACGACCUACCUCAAAUUCUCAACCAUUCUACAGGAGUACUUUUUGCCGAUGCUCUAAAAAUAUUUAGGAAUAUAAUAAUACAGAAUGACUGUAUUUUAUUACAAAAUGACAUUUCCCAAGUAAACAAUUGGCGUAAAUUUAAUCUGGUUACACUAAAUAAACACAAAACAUUUGUUAUAUCCUUUACAAGGAAAUAUCAACCACUUAAUUUUGAUUAUAUUUUAGAAAACUCUGUAAUCACGAAAUGUUCAACAAUUACAGGGCUGCCAGCGGUCCCUAGAAUUCCCUAAAAGUCCCUUUUUUUCUGCUUGUCCCUAAAAGUCCCUUUUUAAUUGAAGUUUUUGAAACAAAAAUGUAUAAUAAAACACGUGGCGAGGUAAGGAUGGCUGAAGGGGAGGAGGAGGCCAUUAAUGAAAUAUGUACUGCAAUAAAUGUUGACUAUCUACUAUCUAAACUGCCACACAUACUUUACUAAAGUCCCUUACACACGGUACUCUUUAAUGAGCAGAUAGGUGGGUACUUUUCUGCCCACCUUGCAAAGGUGGAGAAGGAAGCAUCUGCACUCAAAAGAAAAGCUGAUUAUUUACAAAAUAGUUUGCAGAAGAAAACUAAAAGUGUUUUAAUGACAGUCUUUUUUCAGAAGAAGUAGAACGAGGAAAAAUGACAAUUGUAAUCAAGAACUAUUAAUUUUUCAAUCACAUUGUUUGUAAAAAAAAUUGUUUGUUCUAACUUAAAAGAUUAAAAGUUGGCAGAGAACUGAAUUUGGGUUAAUUUAAAUAAAAAUUGGAAAAUGUGCAGCAUUAGAUUCACAUUCAAAUGUUUUUGUUUUUUUCAAUCAAAAUAUUGUAUUGUUAAAAUGUAUUUCAUCUUUGUUUCACAAUUAUUUAUUUGUGAGAAUUUAAUAUUAGACAAAGCUUCAAAUGUUUUUCUUUUUAAUGUCAAUAUCGUCUGUCAUUAGUAAGAAGGGGCUAACAUUACAAAUCAUAAACUUUUCAGGAGAGCAGAAAAACAAAAUGAGCACACUGUAAUGUAUCACUGUAUUUUAGUUAUUUAUGGUAAUAAUAUGAAAAUUGGCAAAUAGAUGUAACAGAGACAUCUUUCUAAUGAAAAAUAUAUAAAUUGAGUUACACCAAAAGUUUCAUAAAAAUAUGUCACAUGGGUCCUUAUUACAAAUCACUCGAGUAGGUUUGUUGGGGCCAUCUUAAUAUGUCCAUUGGUUUUUAUAAUCAACUAAUCAAAGAGAUUAUAUUAUUGUGUUCUGUGGAGGUUAAUUUAUCACUAUUUUUAAUCAUCAAAUUAACAAAAAUUAACACCAAAGAGUACAAUAAAAAACUGGCAAUAUUAGUCAACUUCAUCUUCUGUGUCAGUCUCAGGAAGACAGUCUUGUGCAUUUGAAUCAUGCUGCAUUUGUAGGUAUUCUUGGUGGAAUUAUCAUUUUCCUGCAUAAAGUUUGCAAGUCUUUGUACUUGGCAUCUGAUAAGGGUAAGCCCGUCCAACUUCAGGCAUGAUUUUCCUUCGUUUCAGAAUUGUUAUACUUUAUGUCGUCAGUUCUUUAUGCACACUAGAUGACCAAAUCUCAAUUUCCUGUGUUCCUUUGGUGACCUUAAGACCACACAGCUGUGACCAUUUCACCCUGUCACCAUCGUCUGUGGUAACGUUAAUGGGGAACAACUGAUCUUGAAUUCCACUCCAGUUUAUGAAAUCGGGAAACUCCGGUUUCCUUGUUUUUAAAGGACCUUAAUUAAAUGUUAUUCAUCUUCAUUUCACAUUUAUUUGUGAGCUAUUUCUAUAAGAUAAAAAAUAUUAAAAUAAAUGUAAAAAACUAUCAUUGAAAAUACAUUGGUGUAAAAGGGAAUGGUGUAAGCAAAAAUAUUGUGUAAACCAAUAAUUUAAUUUGUUAAUGUCCUUAGUUUUUAGUGACAUGCAUUGUUUAUUUUCAAUAUCAGGAAGUUAAAUCAACCACCAUAUUAAAUUGUGGAAACUAAUUUUUAUUAAUUUACACAGUAUUCUUGUUUACUUGGGAGAAGGGUGACAAUUUUACAAAGUAAUUAGCAAUAUAAUUACAUCUAGAAAAUUUUCUCUGUGAACCAUUUGUAUUUAGAAAGUCUCUAAUUUCAAUUCAGUAGUCCCUAAAAGUUCCCUAAUUUUAUGUCUGAGGGCCUUAAAACACCCUAAUUUUUACCUACCUGGUGGCUGGCAGCCCUGCAAUUAAGGAUCUUGGUGUUAUUUUAGAUUCUAAAUUAUUUUUCCAUAAUCAUGUAAACUAUUUAUACAUGUCUUCCCGCAAAACCCUUGCUAUGAUCAAAUUCAUUACUUUUUAUGCUACCAAUUCAGACUCAAUUCUCUCCCUGUAUUUUCCCUUAAUAAGGUCCAAAUUAGAAUAUUGUUCAGUAAUCUGGAAUGACAUCAAGUCGGCCGAUGCAAAUAAACUAGAAAGUAUACAAACAAAAUUAAUUAAUUUAAUAAACUUAAAAAACCUUCCUUCACCUGCUUUAACUCCUCUUGGUGCACGUAGAGUAUAUUUAGAUUCUCUGUUUGUUGAAAAUUGUUUUAACGCUAAAAUUAACUGUACUUAUCUCCUGGAAACCACUGGGUUAAAAAUACCACAAUUUAAUUCUCGUUUAUACCAAACAUAUUGUACUCUACAUAACUUUAAUGACAUAAUAUACAGAUUAGUUAGGAAUCACAAUAAUAAUCAAUUGUCUAAACUUAAAAAUUUAUCCUCUUAACUUGUCCUCUACUCACAUGUUAUAUUUUGUAUUAUCCAUUUUUUUUAUAUAUAUAUUGUGUAUAGUUUAAUAAUUAUGUAAUUAACAUUUCGCUAAGUAAUGUGUCAUGUUAUCUUGUCCUUUUGGUAUUUAUAUCAUUUAUGUUUUCAUGUUUUGUGUUUAUCCUGUGCUGUCUCUAUUUAUUGUGAUAGUGUUUGUUUUUACUUGUUUUGUGUUGUACUUGUUUUGUGUCGUGCCCACCUCUAAAGUCCCAAGACUGUCGGUGGGCAUGUAACAAAUUUAAAUAAAAAAUAAAAUAAAAUAUAGGCCA